AUGACAAAGAUCGAAGCCGUAUAUAUUGCGAAUAUCGCACUUCAUAUAACACAGCGGACAGUCUUAGACACAUUAAUUAAAGUCUCGAAGAAUUGUUGUGAAGGAGUGAAAAUAUUAAAAAGGAACCCAAUGAUGAAAUGGAUGAAUUUAAAAUAUUUAUUUAAGCUUCUCCCGAAUUUGGUGACUGUCGUUGGGAAAUCUUUCGACAUCCUACCAUACUUCAAAGAACAAAUUCAACAAUACAACAACGUUUUGUUCGAUUUCAGUUUGGACGAAGAGAAUGUGAAUGAUAUUGUUCGUAGUUAUCCACAACUUAUUAACAAAGUUGUCGCAGUUAAAAUCAAAGAGAAGCACAUCACGAGUUUACCACAAUUUGACAAAUUAAGAAAGGUGGUAAUUUUAGAAACCAGUUCUGGGCAAGAUAUUAAAAUACUGAUUCAAAUGCACACACUCAAAGUUGUUGUAUUUUAUCUAUGUAACACAUAUUCACAAGAAUUGCCCUUGUUCAUUGAGGAAUUAUGUCAAGAGCGUACUGAGACGUCUGUUGGUGUAUCAAGCUAUGUUUAUUUUAAAACACUUUAUUAUAAGAACUUAAAAAUGUGUAUUAAUAACCCGAUAUAUACAGAGCGAGAAGUGUUAAAUAUUUCACUUGAAACACUUACCGAUGAUCUAUACAAACUAAUAAGUAUCAACGACACAUUGAUUUCAAUCGGGAUUGAGUGUGUACAUAACAAACAACGAACUUUGGACUAUUCACACUUCUCAAGGUUAACCAAAUUUUUGUUUUCUAACGCUACAAGUCCACCACUUGUUAUACUUCUACCAAGAACGUUAGUUGAAUGUGAAAUAGCAGUGGACGAAGCAGUAUUUCAAAUUGGGAAUUGGCAGAGUUUGGACAAUUUGAAGCAACUCAGACUCUUUGGAAGAUUCAAAAGUGUUGAUUUGUCUAAGGCGAAGGUACUUGAAGAAUUACAGUUGAACACUAUUACUCAGAACGUCAGUGUUACAUUUCCAAAGUAUGACAAAGAUAUUAUAAAAAAAUAUUCACAAGGAAUCGACGCACCACUUUUACUGAUAAAGACUGUGCAGAUAGUCGGCUCGUAUACAUUUAAAAGUCUUGUUUUGGUGCUGUCAGACAAAACUAAGCAACCUUUAGUGGACUGUACAUUAGACACUUUAAUCCUUAUUAUUGAAUAUGACAUCGUGUUUGGAUAUAUAUUCGACAAUACCAUCAACAAUUACAUCGACACUACUAAUAACCAUUAUUAUUUCUAUCAAAAACAAUUACUGUGUGAUGUCUUUUGCGACAAAAUCAAAACUUUAAUUAUAUCAUCCAAACUAGCUAAAGACAUCUACACUAACAAAAUACAAAACGUUAAACAAAAAGUUAAUUUCAAAAAAACUAAACAAUUAACUAAAUGCGAAAAAAUUCAACAGUUUAUCGAAUAUGAGGAAGGUGACGGAGUUUUGGAAAGUGAUAGUUUUGAUGAUAUUUUAUUAUAA